UGGAUACAAACUUAGAAGUGUUUUAAGAGCUUUUUCAAAGCUUCUUUGUGGGGGGAAAAAUACUUAUCGGUAGAGAAAAUCUCAAAAACACUAAUGACGAGUAUCCAAACCGUUUGCGUAAUGGGCGAAACGGUGCGUUUCAAAAUGUGAGUGAGUGAUGCUACCUUCAGUCGCGCGCCACCGAGAGAGAAGCAGAAGCACCACGCACAGAAUCAAAUCCUUCUUCUUCGUUCCAAAUUCAUUCAUUUUUGUUUUUAUCUUGAAAUGUGGCUGUGCAAUUUGUAAAACGUGUGGCCAUUCAGAGUGAACGAGCUGAGAGAUUCGAAGCAAUUGGUGAAGAAACUGAGCGUACUCGAAGGCACGAAGCAAUUCCUGUUCGCACUGCGCCAUCCCCAAACCCAAUCCCUAAUUCACAUUCUCUCCGCCCUCAACUUAUCGGAGCGAUCAGCCUUCGACGCCACGUGUCUCAUCGCGGAGAUCAAACCCGACGCCGUUUUGGUGCAAGCCGCCGCCGUCGCCGCUGUUUCCCCCUUCUCUCAGCUUCAGUCCGAAGAAGAAGAAGAAGACUCCAUUCCGUUACCGACCUCCACUCUCAGGGUAAUCAAACGCUGUCUUCUCGAUAAAAUUGGCGCGGACAUGUUCGAGAAUGUUGCGGGUAACCUUGUGCUGAGGGAGAUUUUCGGGACCGGUUUUCAUGGUCCCUUGUUGGCGGCUAAGAGGGCUGCUGAGGAUGUUGGAUCGUCGUUUCUUGUUAGAGUCUCCCUCUCCCUCUUGUUGGGGCAAUAGUAAUAAUAGUGAUAGUGAUUGCAAUAAUAGUGAUAGUCAUUUUCGAAGUCUUGUUAAUAGUUUGGUUUCUCAGCAGCAGCAUGCUGCUUCUUGGGCUCCUUCGGCUUUGAAGAGGUUUUCUCUUGAUAAGGAACUUAGGAUGAUGUUGGCUAAGGCUUUAUCGGGGAAUUCGGAUCCACUUUUGCUUAGUAGUUCUGUUUUGGAGAGGGGUAGUGUUGAGGAAAUUUACCCGUCGAUUAGUUACGAGACACCGGGUUUUGCCAGGUCUAUCUUUCCUUUGCUUGAGGAUUUGUAUAGUAUAUUUGGUGAUCUUCUAUCGCACAUGUGCAGAAGAUGUUGUUGGAUGUAAACAGAGGGGAGGUUCUUGAUAAAAGAACUGUUUCUGAGGUCUAUACUUUCCGGGUUGCUGUCGAGGGGCUUAGAAUUGCUCUGAAUAAUAAGGGGUUGAGACCUGUUAACAGGAAAGGUGCUGGAAAUUCGGAUAAGAUUGAGUUCUCGGAUCUUCCCAUUGAUGACAAGUCACAUGCGCUCUUUGCGCAGGCUAUCCGAAGCCAGACUGUUAAGUUUAAGACCAUUGUGGUGGUGGUAGAUGCUAGUGCCUUGGCUGGUCUUAGGAAACAUUGGGAUACUCCUCUUCCUGUUGAAGUCAAAGAGCUGGUUGGAGAACUGAUCACAAAUUCUGAAGGUAAAGGGGUUAUGUUGAAUCAUAAUGAGAAGAAGCGGUUAUUGACAGAUAAACCUAUGGUGGCAGUUGGUGCUGGAGCAACAGCAGUUUUGGGAGCUUCAUCACUGACCAAAGUAGUCCCUGCAUCAACACUGGUGAAGGUUGUCACUUUCAAAAUUCCAACUUCACUCAAAAUUGGUCUCAGCCAGAUGCAGAAAGUGCUGGCUUUUGCCUUUGGCCCUUCUAAAGUUGUGGCUCCAGGGAUUGCAACUUCAGGAGCAAAAACGUCUGGCAUCAUGAAGGCAGCAGUAUCUACUGAAAAGAUUCGAGCAGUUGCUCACAGUGUUAUAGCCUCUGCCGGAAAAAACAGUAUUUCAGUCAUGAGAAGAGCUUUCUAUGAAAUAAUGGGGAAGCGAAAGGUGCAGCCUGUUGGGUUCUUGCCUUGGGCUACAUUGGCAGGCUGCAUUGGAACUUCUUCAGGCUUGCUUUUGUAUGGUGAUGGGAUUGAGUGUGCUGUUGAGUCUCUCCCUGCAGCCCCCUCCAUUGCCAGUUUGGGUCGUGGGAUUCAGCAUCUACAUGAGGCAUCUCAAGCAGUGAUGCAAACAGAAGGAAGUAGAAUCCAAGCAUCAAUAGAAUCUCUAAUAAAAAGAAUAAAGAAGGCAAGGGAUUGAUAGAGAGAUAAUAGAAUUCUUUUUGCUAUACACUUGUGAUUUUCUUCAUAAAGUGAUGAAAAUCUGAUUGAUGGUCCUUAACUUUCACACCUAGUCCUGCUAGAUGCAAUUCUGCAAGUCUACCAUCAUCUAGUGCAAACAGUAUCCUCCCAACUUGUAAUGAAGAAUAAUUUUGUUGGGUGAUCUGAAUUAUUGUAUCAACUUGUCAUAUGAGAAAACAAGAGAUUGUAUCUCAAAAAAGCAAUGGUCCAAAUUGAUUUAGAUUGACCAGGUAACAGUAUAGAUACUCUUUUACUUGAUGUGUACUGCCUAAGAACCAUCCUCAGCCGCACAGUUAUAUAGUCCAAAAUUUUAGCAGGGCUGUAAAUUACUACAAUGAUGUUGUUCUGGAACUCUAGAUUUUAACAUACUCUAAUCUGCAGCAAUGAUUAUUCAUGGACAUUAGCAUUCUGCAAUGCUGAUGAUACAGUGUUUUUCGGGAAAGCAACAAUGUCAAACGUGAAGGCCAUCAAGGUUAUGCUUAGGAGCUUUGAAAUGGUGUUGGGUCUAAAGAUAAAUUUCGCUAAAAGUUGUUUUGGGGUGUUUGGGAUGACGGAGCAAUGGGUUCAUCGUGCUGCCAGUUACCUAAACUGCAGAUUGUUGUCGUUGCCCUUUUCGUACCUAGGUAUACCCAUUGGGGCAAACCCAAGGCGAAGUGAGACAUAGGAUCCAAUUAAGUGUGAGAAAACUUUCAAAGUGGAAACAAUGACAAUGUAAAAAAUAUUACACUACUAGCUCAUAUGUUAAACAUGUUUAAAAUAUAUAUUCAUUUUCCUUUAAAUAUCUGUGGUACAUUUAAGUUUAUCUAAAAAAAUCAAUAAUAAAACAUUCAAAUUAUAGAAAAAGCCAAUGUAAUUGGAAGACGC